CCUGGUCCUGUCUGCGCGAGCGCCAUUGCGCCUUUGAAAAGUUACGAGACUCUGUCCUGGAAUCAGUCAUUGGCUGUGACCAACAAGCGUGAACAUGGAGGCAGUAUCAACCGAUGCUUGGAUUUAUAGCUCUUCACGGGGUAAAGAGCAAAGCACUUCUCUCGACGGCGGGCGUCGGCAAAUCUGUUGUCGAGACUGCUUUUGCCCAUCGCCGCCAACUCGGCGCACGGGACCAUCCUCGGAGUCGCAGCAUGGAUUCGCAGCAUCCGCGUCCUUUCUCUCUUCUUCUCACCUCGAUCCAGCUUGUACCAAUCCCACGUCGCGCUGGACCCUCUCUUGGCACCUAUCAUCACGCCUCAGUCGAAGCAGCGCUUGCCGCAACGUCAAGCAGCAGCGUCUUGCGGCUGCUUCGAUCACCCAAGCCCCCAGCGAUGAUGCCCAGCGUCUCUCAUUGGGUCUCUAUGGAACGUGGUACUAUGUGUGUAUGUGGAUAUCGAUGUGACUCUAUCAACCUCUGCCGGCCGGAGCGAGAGGGCGUCGCCGCCUCGCCAGCUACUCCCGCUCGACGGCCCUGCCUCCUCGCCCUCGCCCGCAGCCUUCCCUUUGCCCUUCACUCCAGCCUUGCUGCCCCCAACGGCCUUGCUGCUCCCCUCGGCCUUGCUCGCCCCUCCCACACUGCCGCUUGCCUCUGCCGCCGCAAGCUGCUUCUCAAACUCCCGGACCGCCUCGACAACCCUGGGCGUGACAACUCCCUUGCCAUCGACCCAUUCCUCCUUCACUCGGUCUCACCAUUGGAACUUCUCCUUGCGUGGAACGACCCUGGCCCGCACUGUCGCUCCCUCGCCCUCUUGCUGGGGGAGCCAAGCAGGCGUCGACACAGAAGGAAUUCCCAUGAUAUUCUUGAACUUGCUGGAUGAAGCCAACAUCUUGUAUUCGCCCUUUAUAAGCAGAUCGUAUUGAUCUUGCUUACUCAGGUUGCGCUCCUUGACCGAGUGUCUUGCUGGCGGAGGCUUCUUGGCCAGGAAGAAGGCGUCGUCGAUCAGGGUUCGCAGGCCCUUUACGUCGAUCUUGUCCAUCUCGGUCCAAGAAGAUGGUGAUGCGACCUCCUGCUGUCGAACGAUGGAAUAGAACAGCUCGUUCCGUUCCAAGUCCAACGCCAGCACCACAUCGACUGCGUCCUCCUGGCAGGAUCCAGGACCUUUUUUGGGCGCGGCCACGGUGAACGAGCUCGUCCCGCUUCCAGGCUGGAAGGUCUGCACGUGCCAGCCCUUCUUUUCGCCCUCGAUGUACGCGGUCCUCCUGAGCGUGCAAGUAAGCAGGUUUACUGCCUGCAGGUAUUGCUCGCUCGACCACGAAGCGGGCCGA